AAUCAUACAAAUCAAAGUUGAAAAUUUUAACCAUACAUCUAAAUGGUAUAGGUUCAUGUAAUUUUACUCCUCUUUUUUUUCAUCUUCCUCGGGCAAAAAAAAUUGGGAUUUUUAAAUAGGGGAGAUAAAUAUAAAAAGGGAUAGAGGGAAAGGUGAAGAGUUGAUAAGAAACUGGAGACUCCCCCCAUUCCUGUGUCAAAAGAAAAGGCAAAGACACAGAGCAAAGAAGGAAGAAUACUCUUCUCUCUCUCUCUCUCUCUCUCUCUCUCUCUCUCUCUUUGAAGGGGCAUUAGCAUUGAACAUAGCAAACAGGGAAGCAGAGAUAAAGAGGAUAAAGCAAAGGUUUUUAGGAGCAAAGGAGGUGUGAAUGGUGUUGGUAAUGGUGGAGCUCUGCCCAUGGUGGUGGUGCUGCUGACAUAUAUAAAGAUUCAUUUACUUUCCAUUUCUUCUUUCAAAACUCUCUCUUUCUAUCUCUAUCUCUUUCUCUUUCUUGCUUAUACACAAGAAAGAAUCAAUCAAUCAAAACUUGGUUGGCCCAAUUUCUUCUCUUCAUGCUGUUUUUGUGUAAGCCUUAAUUAGCCUCUUCCCUAUACGCUCCCACCAAUCACACUUCCCUCUUUUCCCAUCUCCCUUCACUGCCUUCCUUCUAUAUAUAUAUAUAUUCUUGAUUGAUUGAUCAUAUCAGAGAAUUGCAGAGGCAACAAUGGCAGUUCAAGCUCAAUACCCUUCCAAUGUACUCUUCUUCAACAGAAGUUUGCAAGAUGGGAAGAAUCCUCUCACUCCUUUGGGCAAUGAUUAUUCUUUUCAAAAUCAUGGUGGAGGAGGAGGAGGAGCAGUUGUUGAUCAAACGCAAAUCCGGUUGAAUCCUGCAGAUGGGAGUAAUUCGAGGAAAAGGGCGAGAGAGCAUGAGAUGAAUCCGUUGAUGUCAAUGCAAUCGCAGCAGCCUAAGAUUAUUGAUCUCGCGCAGUUACACGCGUCGCCGCCGCCGCCGCCGCCUAAUGUUGUUUCCACCGGAUUACGAUUGGCGUUCGGAGAACAACAAACUCAACAGCAAUUUCAACAACAACAACAAAGCUCGGUGUCUCCUCAAUCUUCUCUGUUGUUUUCGGUAUUAGCGGAGGAUUUGAGCACGCAUAUCAAACACCAGCGUGAUGAAAUCGAUCAAUUUCUCCGAGCUCAGGGAGAUCAAUUGAGGCGGACAUUGGAGGAGAAACGGCAGAGGCACUACCGCGCGCUGCUGGGAGCGGCGGAGGAAUCGGUGGCGCGGAAGCUGAGGGAGAAAGAGGCGGAGGUGGAGAAGGCGGCGAGGCGGAACUCGGAGCUGCACGCCCGCGCGCAGCAGCUGAGCGCGGAGGCGCAGGCGUGGCAGGCGAGAGCCAGGGCGCAGGAAGUCACGGCGGCGACGCUGCAAGCUCAGCUACAGCAGGUGAUCAUGAACGCCGGCGCCGUCCAGGAGAGGGAAGACGGAAACGCGCCGGCAUGCGGCGCCGGUGGAGACGCGGAGGAUGCGGAGUCGGCCUACAUUGACCCGGACCGAGUAGUUUUGUCUCCCGGGCCGAGCUGCAAGGCGUGCCGUAAGCGAAUCGCCUCCGUGGUGGUGUUGCCGUGCCGCCAUCUUUGCCUCUGCUCCGCCUGCGAUGCGGUGGCUCAGGCGUGCCCGCUUUGCCUCUCCGUUAGAAGUUCCAGCGUCGAGGUCUUCCUCUGUUAAAGGCCCGGCCCAUCUUCGAAUACUUCGGCCCACUUUAACAAUGGCCCAAGUCCAAUUUCGUUAUUUAAAAAAAAAAGAAAGUAAAAUAGCAACCGAAAAUGAACAAAGAAAUAAUAUUGAAUAUAAAAUAAUAAAUAUAUAUAUUUUCUUUGAACUAAUCUUUUCUUUUCUCUGCAACCAAAAAAAAAAAAAUCCAUGUCAAAUUCUUUUUUUCUUUUCCUUUUUUUUUUUUUUUUAGGGCAAAAGAACUUUAGAGGUGAUGUACAUUGUGUCAUGGGUCGGAGUGACAAAUGCCAUUUUUUGGUUUUUUUUUUUAAUCUUUUAAUUUAAUUCAUUUACUUUAUUUGCUUGUACAUCUCCCUUUCACGAAAUUAUGCUCGUGAAUUUUAUCGUCAAAUUAUUUAAUUAUUAUCUUCUUUUUUUU